AUGUGGGGCUUUGCGGGAGGAAGGCUUUUCGGCAUUUUCUCGGCCCCAGUGCUGGUGGCUGUGGUGUGCUGCGCCCAGAGCGUGAACGAUCCCGGGAACAUGUCCUUUGUGAAGGAGACGGUGGACAAGCUGUUGAAAGGCUACGACAUUCGCCUGAGACCCGACUUCGGGGGUCCCCCGGUCUGCGUGGGGAUGAACAUCGAUAUCGCCAGCAUAGACAUGGUUUCCGAAGUCAACAUGGAUUACACCUUAACCAUGUAUUUUCAACAAUAUUGGAGAGAUAAAAGGCUUGCCUAUUCUGGGAUCCCUCUCAACCUCACGCUUGACAAUCGAGUGGCUGACCAGCUAUGGGUGCCUGACACAUAUUUCUUAAAUGACAAAAAGUCAUUUGUGCAUGGAGUGACAGUGAAAAACCGCAUGAUCCGCCUUCACCCUGAUGGGACGGUGCUGUACGGGCUCAGAAUCACCACAACCGCAGCAUGCAUGAUGGACUUGAGAAGAUACCCCUUGGAUGAGCAGAACUGCACGCUGGAAAUUGAAAGCUAUGGCUAUACCACAGAUGACAUUGAAUUUUACUGGCGUGGAGGUGAUAAGGCUGUCACUGGAGUGGAGAGGAUUGAGCUCCCUCAGUUCUCUAUUGUGGAGCAUCGUCUGGUCUCGAGGAAUGUCGUCUUUGCCACAGGUGCCUAUCCUCGGCUCUCAUUGAGCUUUCGGUUGAAGAGAAACAUUGGAUACUUCAUUCUCCAGACUUACAUGCCCUCGAUACUAAUUACGAUUCUCUCAUGGGUGUCCUUCUGGAUCAAUUAUGAUGCAUCUGCAGCUAGAGUUGCCCUUGGGAUCACUACCGUGCUGACAAUGACAACCAUCAACACACACCUCCGGGAGACAUUGCCCAAAAUCCCCUACGUCAAAGCCAUUGACAUGUACCUCAUGGGCUGCUUUGUCUUUGUGUUUCUGGCCCUUCUGGAGUAUGCCUUUGUCAACUACAUUUUCUUUGGAAGAGGCCCUCAAAGGCAGAAGAAGCUUGCAGAAAAGACAGCCAAGGCGAAGAAUGACCGUUCCAAGAGUGAAAGCAACCAGGUGGAUGCUCAUGGAAAUAUUCUAUUAACAUCACUGGUGGUUCACAAUGAAAUGAAUGAGGUCACAGGCAGUGUCGGUGAUACCAGGAAUUCAGCAAGACCCUUUGACAACUCAGGAAUCCAGUACAGGAAACAGAGCAUGCCUAGGGAAGGGCAUGGGCGACACAUGGGGGACAGAAGCAUCCCGCACAAGAAGACCCAUCUACGGAGGAGGUCUUCACAGCUCAAAAUUAAAAUUCCUGAUCUAACCGAUGUGAAUGCCAUAGACAGAUGGUCCAGGAUCGUGUUUCCAUUCACUUUUUCUCUUUUCAACUUAGUUUACUGGCUGUACUAUGUUAACUGAGUGACUGUACUUGAUUUUUCAAAGACUUCAUUUAACACUGAGUGAAAUAUUACUCUGCCUGUCAAGUUUUUAUACCUGUACACACACACAG